GUGUGGCUCUCUUUUUCUUAUCUCUACAAAUUUCUUCUCUCCGAGUGAUCUCUCUCCACUCUUAUAUAUCAUGCAUUAUCUCCUUGGCUCUCUUUUAUUAGCUUGAACUUCUGGGGGUGUUAUUUGCAGGCAUGUCAGACCAAGAAAAUGCCUUGCCUACAGACCCAACUUGGCCUGAGCUUAAGCUCCCAGAACUGCUAUUUACAGACACGGUUAGAGAAGUCCAUGCCACCAUUGAAAAUGAAUGGGAUCCCCUCCUGCGCUCAGCGUGUCAAACAGCUGCAGGAAGAGCACUUUGGAAGCAUUUGAUCCAUGACCCUCUUGCAGACUUGCUUGCAGGAGAAACUUACCUCACAAGCCUGUACGAGAAGAUCAAGAAAGACCGUAUCAACAAUGCACGAGAAGUUUCUGGGGUGAUUCUUGCUGUCCGGACCCUCUGGUUUGAUUCCAAACUUGAAGCUGCUUUGAAUUCCUUCACUAGGAGAGAAGCGCAGGUUGUCAUUCUCGGUGCAGGAAUGGAUGCAAGGGCAUACCGUUUAAGCUGUUUGAAGGACAGUGAUGUUUUUGAAGUUGAUUUUCCCAAAGUUUUGCAAGUGAAAACCACUCUUCUGCAGGCAGCAAUGGAAACCACAAAUGAACACCAGCAUCUAACACUGAAAUCAAAAUCACUGACCAGGGUGGCUGCUGACAUCAGAGAUAGUGACUGGCUUGAAAAGCUUCAAAUAUCAGGUUUUGUGCCAGAGAAGAACACAAUAUGGGUUCUUGAAGGUAUACUUUACUACCUGUCACAGCCCCAGGCGAUGCAGGUACUGAAGACCAUAGCUGAAAAGUGUGCCCUAACCAGCACAGUCCUAUUAGCAGACUUCAUGAACAAAUCAUCAAUCACACUUUCAAGUUCCAUCUUCCACUUUUACAGUGAUUGGCCUGAUCAUCUUCUGCCAUCUCUCGGGUUUUCUCAUGUUAAGCUUUCACAAAUUGGUGAUCCAGAUGCUCAUUUUGGGUUAAUGCAUGAUCCCCUAAAUCUGUUCAACAGACUUCGCAGCUUGCCUAGAUCUCUACAAAACCACCCAGAUGAUGGAACACCAUGCUGUCGCUUAUAUUUGGUGCAGGCUUCUGGUUCACCCAACCAAACCAUUCUUCCAUAGAGAGCCAAGAGAUCAGUAAUAAUAUAAGAAGACAGCUAGCAGUUAUAGCAUAGAUUUAGGCAUCAUUGUUUGUAGUACUGCUCUAAAAUGUAUGUAAGGAACUACACCUGAAGAUAAUCAGAAGGAAAACAUGAUAGCCGUUAGAUGGUUCUCCUGCAAUUGUGCAGGUAUAUAAACUAGCAAAGCUCUGAAGUAGUUCCAAUUUUCUCCAAGAAAAAAAUGGAGCAUAAAGACUUCCUUAGAGAAGAAACUUUCUAAUAGUUCUGUAUUUAUCAAGUCAUAUUAAUAGCAAAUUCUAAUUACUUCUAUUGCUUGCUGCAA